ACAGUUUCAUCGACUUCGAAACGAAUUGAAUCUAACAUGAACCCUAGAAUUUGGGGGUUUUCUCAAUUUCAACAAAAUCCAGGAUCUUUUCUUUCUUUUCUCGAUUUCGAUUUUCAAAUUUCAUGAAGAAAUGAACGAUCACAAUGAAGAGCCAAGCAUCGCACCAGAGCCAAAUCGCUGGUACAAUAUCACCUUAGGGCCAUCACUACUCAAUGAUGGUCACUCACAUAAUUCUCCCAGAUUCUGCAGUUUCCGAUAUGAGUUUAAACCGGCAUCAAUUGAUAGAACCAAACCAGGAUCGUUCCACAAGAGCAAUGAUAAUAAAGUUACGUUGGAGUUUCAGAACAAUCAAAUUGGUAAACCAAAAGUUAGCUUUGAUGGUGUUAGUGAAGAUAACAAUGACAAAGACGCAAUUCUCUUCUUUGAUGGUGAAACAUUUCGAUUAGAGAAGCUUCACCGAGCAGUUAAACGUUUAAGAUACCGACGUUUUCCCAGCGAAUCUCCGAUAGCAGAAUCGUAUUCACAACCUGUUUGUAGAGAAGCAAAGGUUAAGUUUGCACAGAUUGACAUCAACAAUCCUGUUAGCUUAGAUCAUGAAAAGGAAGAGGAUCCACAUGAAUCCGAGGAGGAUGUCAACAUCGACGAUGAUGAUGAUGAUGAAAAUGACAAUGAUGGCCAAGACAUAGCAAGAAAAGAAACUACAUUGGCAAAGGAGUUUCGAACUGGUGGCCUUGACAUUGACAUUAACCUUCCGCAUCCUGCUGAAAUGGAAGAUGAGGAGAUUGCUGACGUAGACAUCAAUGAUGAUGAAUCAUAUAAAGGUCUUAGCGCGGCAGAAGCUCUUAGAGCUCAAGUAAAUGCAGAAGCGAGAGAGGAGGAGGGGAAGAGUUCAAGUUCAAGCAGCGAGAGCAGUGAAAGCAGAGCUGAGAGUAGUGGUAGUGGAAGUAGCAGUAGCACCAGCAGCAAAAGCAGAAACAGUGGUAGUGAGAGUUGAAGCCGAGCUAGCCACUAAUAUCAUCAUGUAUGUAUAUGUAUCUCCAAGUGUUUUUGCUUUUUCAAGUAAGUCUUGUGAACCAAAUAGCAAAGAUGGAUUAGGGGUUUUAUCUUUAAGAGUUUAGAUAUAUGCCUUCAGGGCAUGUAAAUAGAUAGUUUGUAGUAAAUAUGUGAAUGUUCAGUUUAUCUUUUCGAGGUUCACA